AUGUUCCGUACCUCAUCUCGCUCCCUUUGGGGCAUUGCCUCAAGAGCUUCUUCCAAUCGAGCUUCGCAAUUCCUCCCCCGCGCAUCAAUUGCGCCUCUUUUGCGUCAACAGCGCGCCGUUUACUCUAGCAAAUCCGACGACGAGAAUCCUCCCCCUCCCAAGCAGCCCAUUGACAUUGAAGCUGAGCGCAAGCGCGGACAAGAGCUCCUCCAAUCCAACCCAAGUGUUGUCUCAUCUAAGAGUUCGACCGCCAAUGCUUCGUCUACAGCUCAGGGCUCCAAGAGUGCUGACCAGGACAUGACUAGCGAGCUUAAGCAUGAUAUCGACGUUGUCAAAGACACCUUCACCUUUACAGACGUCCCCCGCGAGUCGAGCAUCCUCGGUUUGGCUGGCACACUACCCUACCUAGGAACUUCGCUUUCAACCGUCUUCCUCGCCUGGGACCUGAACAAGCCCAUUCCUACAGGCAACUCCUUCUACGAUGCUAUCAUGAUCGAUCACGAAACAGCUAAAUACCUACUGAGCGUAAUUGAGCCUCUACAGCUUGGAUACGGUGCUGUCAUCAUCUCUUUCCUUGGCGCUAUUCACUGGGGUCUCGAGUACGCUGAGAAGCAACCCCUUCGUGAACGCACCCGUUUUCGCUAUGGCAUGGGUCUUGCAGCUUCCAUUGUCGCAUGGCCAACUCUUAUGCUCCCCGUAGAGUACGCGCUCACCUCUCAAUUCAUGGCUUUCGUGGCUCUGUACUUUGCCGAUUCCCGCGCCGCGACAAAGGGAUGGGCGCCUCGAUGGUACGGAUCAUACCGCUUCCUUCUCACAGCUAUGGUUGGCUUCGCUAUCUUUAUCUCCCUCAUCGGCCGCGCCAAGAUCAAGCAGGGCGAUGCCAUCACUGCCAAGGGCCUAAGCGACAACUUCGCCAGGUCCGGUAUUGCUGAUCACGAUACCAACUGGGAGAAGCUAGAGGCUGAGGAGAAGGCACGUCGACGAAAGGAAAAGGAGGAGGAAGAAAAGAAGGCAAAGGAGGCUGAGAAGAAGAAGAAGGCAGAGGAGAAGAAGGGUAAGAAGAAGGACAGCAAGGGCGAUGACAAGACUAAGAAGGGCGACGACAAGAACAAGGCUUCUGAAGAGGGUGACAAGAAGGGCGAUGAGAAGAGCGAGAGCAAGGACAAGGAUGCUGAGAAGAAGGACGAUGACAAGGAUUCUGAGUCUAAGGACGAGGGUGAGUCCAAGGAUGACAAGAAAGAGUCUGACUCAAAGGAUGAGUCCAAGGACGAAGACAAAAAGUCCGAGUCCGAUGAAGAGAAGUCUGACAAGGAAGAGAAGUCAGAGGAAUCAUCCGACAAGGAGUCAAAGGACGACUCUAAACAAGACUCCAAGAAGAAGGACGAUAAGAAGGACAAGUCCGAAGACAAGAGGGAGGAAAAGCCCGAGGAAAAGAAGGACGAUAAAUCUCAGGGUAAGAAGGACAAGAAGGAAUAA